AUGUCUACUCGAAGCGGCAGUGUGAGUUCCGGGGGGUCUGGCAAGACUUCGGACAAGCCUAAGGCCUCUAUCCAGCAGCUCAUCGACUCGCUCACCACGCACCGCAUCAACACGCUGACGGAACUCUGCCGCAUUGAGCGCAUCGCGGCCACGUGCGACUCGGAGGCGGAGGCACGGGCCUUCCAGCAGCCCAUGACGGAGGCGUGGACCUACUACGUGUCGAGCAACCAGUUUCUGACGGAGCUCCGCGGCCUGACCCGGAGCUACCCCAUAAGCGCGGAAAUUGUAGCCGAGGCAUACCGCCGAGUGCGGUCGGACCCGGACAGCAACCGCAGCUGGAACCUGGCCUGGCUGUGCCUGACGCGGAUGCGAGAUGACGGCCUGGUACGCAUCUUUUCGGACGCGGAGGCGCGCAAGCCGGAGAUGUGGGGGGGCAAGGGGCCGAGCGAGAAGAUGGUGCAGCAGCUGGCGACGUGCUUCGAGGACGAGUGGCGAGCGGCCAUUGAGACGAUGCUGCGGCACUGGACGACGCCGCCGACCUGGUACUGA